GGGAAUGGGGGCUUUUGUCUAAAUGCCAGACCUUGAGAAAAGGGCUGCCUUGAGGGACCAGACACAAUGGAACUAAAUAAACUCAGCCGUGCCUUUUGCUUAGACCAGACUCUUUAACCCUGAGAUUAUCAUAAGAAGCCAGGGCUGCUUUUCAUUUGGGUGAGCGCAAGUCUCCGGCCGCGAAGGCCUCUGGGAAAUGUAGUCCGGAGCAAGACAGCGGCGGACCCAUUCGGAUUCUUCUCACUUGCAAGCUGCGGAACCAGGGCUGUAAAUGCCAGGCCGCAGGGAAGCUGCUGUUCCAAACCCGUCUAGGCCCCGUCCAGGCCUAAGCCGGUCCCCCUGCUGGAGCGCCGCGCCCUCACCUGGGCACUCUCCCAGCUCGAUCAUGGAAGGCCAGACCCGCCCGGCCUGCCGCGGGGCCCUCUGGGAAGUGCUACCCUGCGUCUAACGGACCCAGCUUUCAUUUCCAGAGUUCUUCCUCUGCUGAGAAUCCUUUUAUAAACUGAAUAUUUAUUGAAUGUUGGAUACAUAUCAGUCACAGUUUUUUGGUGCUUGGGAUACAGCAGUGAACAAAAGAACCAACCCCUCAGCUAUCAUGAUACUUCUAUUGCCGUGGGCCCGAUAAUAAACUCAGCCUGCUCCUGCCGCCCCUCCCCAAACAGAAGAGGAAAUGACUGAGUCUGAGGGAACAGUGACAUUCAAAGAUGUGGCUAUUGAUUUCACCCCAGAAGAGUGGAAGCAAUUGGAUCCUACUCAGAGGAACCUAUAUCGGAAUGUGAUGUUAGAAAAUUAUAACAACUUAAUCACAGUGGGCUCUCCAGUCACCAAACCUGAUGUGAUUUUCAAGUUGGAACAAGAGGAAGAGCCAUGUGUAGUGGAGAAAGAAGUAUUAAAGAGACACUAUCCAGGAGACAUUUGGGCAAUUGAUGAGCAUCAGAAAACCCAGAACAAACUCUUGAGACAAGAUUUCAAGGAAACAGUGACUGAUGAAGCCAAUGAAUGUCCUAAGAAAUUUGCAAAUACAUUUCCUCCAAAUGCAGAUUCCAUUCCUUCCAGACACAAUCUCUAUGAACACGAGUGGUUUGGAAAGUCUUUAGAAGAUAAUCUUGAUGAUCAUAAUGAUGUUAAAAGCCCAAUGACAGAAGAACAUUUUGAAUAUGAUGAUGCUAUGAAAUCAUUUAAUAAUAGCUCGCCCUAUUUUGUAGUGACCCCCUUUAAAUGUAACCAUUGUGGAAAAGGCUUUAGUCAAACCUUGGACCUUAUUAGGCACCUGAGAAUUCAUACUGGUGGGAAACUCUAUGAAUGCCACCAGUGUGGAAAAGGAUUUAGCCUCAAGGAAAAACUUAUUAAUCAUCAUAAACUUCAUAGUAGGGAACAGUGUUAUGAGUGUAAUGAAUGUGGGAAAACUUUCAUUAAAAUGUCAAAUCUCAUUAGACAUCAAAGAAUUCAUACUGGAGAGAAACCGUAUGCAUGCAUGGAAUGUGGGAAGUCCUUCAGCCAGAAAUCUAAUCUGAUUGAUCAUGAAAAAAUUCAUACUGGUGAGAAACCUUAUGAAUGUAAUGAAUGUGGAAAAUCCUUCAGCCAGAAACAAAGCCUCAUUGCACAUCAAAAAGUUCACACUGGGGAGAAGCCUUAUGCAUGCAAUGAAUGUGGGAAAGCCUUCCCUCGAAUUGCAUCCCUUGCUCUUCAUAUGAGAAGUCACACAGGAGAAAAACCUUAUAAAUGUGAUAAAUGUGGAAAAGCCUUCUCUCAGUUUUCCAUGCUUAUUAUACACGUAAGAAUCCAUACAGGUGAGAAACCCUACGAAUGCAAUGAGUGUGGAAAAGCCUUCUCUCAAAGCUCAGCACUAACUGUACAUAUUAGAAGUCACACAGGUGAAAAACCCUAUGAAUGUAAGGAAUGUAGAAAAUCCUUCAGCCAUAAGAAAAACUUCAUUACACAUCAGAAAAUUCACACUAGAGAGAAACCUUAUGGAUGCAAUGAAUGUGGGAAAGCUUUCAUUCAGAUGUCAAAUCUUGUUAGGCACCAGAGAAUUCAUACAGGAGAAAAACCUUAUAUAUGUAAGGAAUGUGGCAAAGCUUUUAGCCAGAAAUCAAAUCUCAUUGCUCAUGAAAAAAUUCAUUCUGGAGAGAAACCCUAUGAGUGUAAUGAGUGUGGUAAAGCCUUCAGCCAGAAACAAAACUUUAUUACACACCAGAAAGUUCAUACUGGAGAGAAACCUUAUGAUUGUAAUAAAUGUGGUAAAGCCUUUUCUCAGAUUGCAUCCCUUACUCUUCACUUGAGAAGUCACACAGGAGAAAAGCCUUAUGAAUGUGAUAAAUGUGGGAAAGCUUUCUCUCAGUGCUCACUACUUAAUUUACAUAUGAGAAGUCAUACAGGUGAGAAGCCUUAUGUAUGUAAUGAAUGUGGGAAAGCCUUCUCUCAGAGAACUUCCCUGAUUGUGCAUAUGAGAGGCCACACUGGUGAGAAACCCUAUGAGUGUAAUAAGUGUGGAAAAGCCUUUUCCCAGAGCUCGUCCCUUACCAUCCACAUCCGGGGUCACACGGGUGAGAAACCCUUCGACUGCAGCAAAUGUGGAAAAGCCUUCUCUCAGAUCUCAUCUCUUACUCUUCAUAUGCGGAAACACACAGGGGAAAAGCCCUACAACUGUAUUGAGUGUGGCAAAGCUUUCAGCCAAAAGUCACACCUUGUUAGACACCAGAGAAUCCACACUCACUAGAAACUCCGUGAACAUUGUGAAUGUGGGGACUGCCGACCAAUGAAAUAACCACCUCAUGGUACACACUACAUGAUCCGUUCUAGAGCAGAAAACUGUGAAUAUAGGAAAGCCUUGUGAAGAACCCAUGCAUUUAUUAGAGAAUUCUCAGUGAGAUGACUAAUCAUAUGAGAAACUGUGAACAAACCAGUUGAUAGCUAAUCAGUAUUCUCAUUCAAAUCUGACAGACAAUAUCUGCUGAGUAUCAGUAUACUUGAGCUCCUUGCCAAUAUAUGAAGCAAGGUAAGAAGAUUGGAAAAAACAGAAAAGUAACCUUUUAUAGGCAGUAUGAGACUAUGAAAAAGUAGGUUUUGUAUGAUAAUGCAUAAAUAAGAAAAUCUAAGAUAAUUAGGUGACAUGUCUACAAUUACAAAACUUGCUGAUGGUUACAAAAGAACACUUGAAAAAUAAAGUUAGAAAAUUAUAAAAAAAAUACAAGUACUCUUCCAAUUUUCUACCUUUGCUAUACCUCCACUCAAAAUUUAUACAUCAGUUGUAAAGAAAUUCAUGAACUGAUUUCAGAGUAAUAUAGCAAGGCAAAGGACCACAAAUGGGAACAAAAAAAUUUUUUUGACAAAACUAGGGAAGGUGAUCACUACUAGAUAUCAUUACAUUAUUUGAAGUUUUUUCUCAUUUAAAUUCUUUUGAGCGAAUAAAGAAACUAUUGGAAACAAAUUGAAGAUUAACAUAGAAAUUCAAGACCUGGCCAAUUUGUGUAUGGUUAAUGCUACUGAAAUCAUUGGAGUCAGUCUAGCCUAUUCAAUAUGUGUGAAAUUCAUAUGACCCAAACACGUUAUUUCUCAACCAUACAUAUAUGGAAUCCAUCAGGCUGAUGAGAUGGUUCAACUGAUAGGGUGCUUGCUGCCAAGCCUGGUACCUGACUUUGAUCCUCAGAAUCCACAUGGUGGAAGGAGAGAGCGCUGACGCCCACAGUUGUCCUCUGACCUCUAAAGGCACACCAUGGCAUACAUGUCCACACACACACACACACACACACACACACACACACACACACACACAAAAUAAUCCAAAUAGAAAAGGUAAAAUUCUAAAACUACGAUGGAAAUAAAGUAGAAUAUGUUGCUUUAGAAUAAGAGUAUUUAAAAAGAACCCAUAAACAUGGAAUAGUCUAUUUUAUUCUAGUAUAUUAGACUCAGAAGCACCCUUGUAUGUGUGCAAGCAGAUAUCUAUCAGUAUGUUCCUGGAAUCAUGGUUUGUUUUGCUCUAAAUUGUAUGUAACAUGUCCAUCAACAUAGAUCAAUAUGUUUAUUUCUAUGAUAGGAUACUAUACUGUAAAAUAUACAAAAUUCACAUGUAGUUACAUGGAUAGAUCACAAUAUUUUGAGAGGAAAAAGCAAAAUACACAAUGAGACAUGGUAUAAUAUUUGUAACUUAAUAAACCAGUUCAAAGAACAGUAUUGGCUAUUACUCAUGGGUCCGUUUAUGAUAUUAACUGCCUUUGAGGAUGUAGAAGGGUUCAUGGGAGUUGUUACAUUGAUCUGUAAUACUUCUUUAAUAAAAGGAUGAAAGCAAAUAUUACAGUG